GAUGUCAUUGAAAAGAUUUUGCAGUUUUUGACGGCCGUGUUUUCUAGCGAGUACAACUUGCUUGCCGCCAGCACAGCUCAAUUGAACGGCCCUUUCAUGUUGGGAAAGAACAACGAGUAUAUCAGUCUUCUCAACAAGGAACAACUAGAGUCGAGUGGUAUGUGUCAAUUUUUACUUUGUUUACAUAUGCAAGCAUAUGUGUUCUUGGCACCCUGAAAUGAGAGAUAUGUGUAUGCGUGUGUACGUAUGUGAACAGAGGGCAAGGGACGAGGGGAGGUUGUGGAGAAGAGGUAUAGGACGCAAACUAGAUUCUAUAUUGCCAACUGCUCUAAUCAAAGAAGCCGCAAGUUUAGCUGGAUUACCGAAGUUCCCGGACGCGCCAACCGGAAAUCUUGGCCAAGAAUAUGACAGUAUGGCAGGCUCAGGGGAUCCUUCAUCCGUCGCAUCAUCGUCCUCCUCGCAAGCGCCACCACCACAACAGCAGCAUAAACAGAUGCAAGCUAGUGAACACGAUUUUCUGUCGCAGGAUUCUCAUCGCGAUAUCGAAACAUUCAAGCAGACGGUGGACACUGCAACGCGUUCAGCCGAAGCCAUUUCGAACGAUAUUGAUGAUUUGCAGUUUGAUAUUGAGUCGCUUGCCGCUACGAUUGGACUGGACGCAACGCAAUUCAACGACACUGAAUUUACAAGUUUUGAGGAUCAGGAUAUGUUUUCAGGUGGAAACAAUGGAAUGAUUGCGAGUGCUACGCGCAACGAGAAGAUUCAGCUCUACCAAUUAGCAGGCGGAUCGCAUAUUCUCAAUAAGUACGACACGUCGCAAUCAUCAAAGGGUAAGGCAGUUGUUACUCCAAUAAGUGUCGCGGCCGGCACAGCAGCAGCAUUGAAUCUUUCUGCGUCACCUUUUAUCGGUGGUAGCCAGCCGGUUGCUACUCCUGGAACAGCUGCGUCAGUGCCAACGCCUCAAGCAGCGUCACCACCACCACUACCAACAGCAGCAGCACAGUCACCCAUGUCAGAUGUAUCAGGAACAGCGGGUGCUCCAGGUGGACAACAAGGAUUAGGGGGAGCAAUGCCGUCACCACAUCAUCCUCAUCAUCAGUCGUCGCAGGAACGACCGCAAGUACCUCCACAGUUACUUAAUCUUGGUAACCCUGCUGCGAAUGCCACCGCCAGAGCUACCGCCGCUCCCACUGCUGCUCCUGCUACACCCAAUAGUAGUAGCAGUAGUAGUGGUGGUGGUGGUGAUGGAUUGGGUGAAAAUUUUCUUGGAGCUCAUAACACCAGUGGCGCAAAUGUUGCAGGUAUCCCAGGAAUGUUUCCUCCAAAAGUCAUGACCCCGCAGGCGUUCCAACAGAUGUAUCCGAACGUGCCGUUACCGCCAGGUGCUUCUGCGGCUGGUCAUCAGUUUGUACCAGUACCUGUUCCAGUCCCCGUGGCCGUCCCAAUCCAUGUUCCUACGUCCUCGGCAUCAAGUACUCCGCAACAACAGACGCAGAUCCAUCAGCAGUUUUCGUCUCCGUUGACUGCCUCAACCAACCCAAUGAUGAACCCUUAUCUCGCGAACCUUUACAAUGCUCAUCUACAACACUCGUCACCUGCCGCGAUGUCGCCAUCGUCGUCGUCGUCGUCAUCGGCUGCAGCACUUUCGCCACAACAACAACAACAACCAAUACCGUCUUUCCCUGUUUCCGCUGAAGCAGCAACAGCACCAGGCGUACUGCAGCAAGAUGAUGGAAGAGCUACUACAAGCACCACCAACAAUAACAAUAGCAAUGUAAAUCAUCCAAAUGGUUCUUAAGAGAUCUCGUAUGGAGCUUGAUACUGCUUGUGUACAUAUAGCAUCAUUAUUUCCUUCUUUUUCUUUUACCUCUCUCUUCUCUCUCUCUCCCCCUUCCCUUUUCUAUUCUUUUCUCUAUUGUGUCCAUCGACGGAACAAUACUCUUCUGUUUUUUUUCCCUAUAUGCAACUCUUUUUUCUCGCACAACAUCCCUUUACU